ACGUGGAAACUGCCCAUUUCUUAUCAGGUGUAUUUUAUUCAGUGAUUAAUUAUUAAAAUAUCUAGUUAAUUAUACAAUUUAAAUUUUUUUUAUUUGUCAAUCGGUCUAAUAUUUUUGACAUAAAUAAAGGACUUGCAGGCUACCCAAGUUUUAUUAAAUGAGACCUUUUACUGUAAUUGUUAUUAACUUUUUAGAAAAGUGAUGUUAUUACAAACUGCCGAAAAAUAAGGAGGCCGGGUUUUGGCAGCUUUCAUCUUCAUUUAUUUGAUGUAAAUUUUUGAAAAAUUCAAAAACGAAGAAUUCCAAUAUAGAAGUAGCAUGUCAAAGCCUAAAGAAAACACCUGGUCGAACUAUGCCUUAAGAAUAAUAGUUAAUACAGCAUCCCAUCCUUUAGAAUAUGCGAAGGUUUUAAUACAGAUUGGACAUGAACCAAUAGCACCCAAAUCAUCCACAACAUUGUUUGGGAAACCUGCUUUAAAACUGCCAAAUGUUUUUCAAUAUGUGAAAUAUAUAAAGACGACGGAUGGUUUUUACGGUUGUUAUAGGGGUCUAACUCCGAAAUUAUGUGGAAAUUUAGUUAGUGCUGUAGCCAGUCAAAAAAUUUUGGAAAAAAUGGAGAUGGAUAAUCAUGAACCUUUGGAUGAUGAAGCUGAAAUGAAUGAAGAACUAAAGAGACAGCAUGUCAUUAAUAAUAUUAAGAGAGAUCUUAUUAGUCGUACCACUGCUAUUAUUGUUAGUCACCCUUUUCAUGUGAUAAGUAUUCGAAUGAUGGCACAGUUUGUUGGACAAGAAACUAAAUACAAUGGCUUGUUUACUUCAAUUGUUGAAGUAUACAGAGAGAAUGGAAUAGGUGGGUUCUUUUCUGGAUUAAUACCAAGAGUAUUGGGAGAUGCUCUAUCCAUAGUCUUAGCACAUGUAUUGUCUUAUCUUGUUAAUACUUAUGUCUUUGAUGAAAAAGAUUUACAUAUGUACACAACUGCAACAAUGUCGUUCAUCGCAAGUGCCAUUACAUAUCCAUUCCAAGUAGUGUCUAAUUGCAUGGCUGUGACGGGUUCAGGUUUGAAGGCAGGAAUGCCCCCGAAUAUGCCGAUUUAUUCAUCAUGGAUAGAUUGUUGGCAACAUUUGUCGGCCGAACACCAGCUUAAACGAGGAUCGAGUUUAUUGGUACGUUAUUAUUCAGGUCCCCAGAUCAUUAUAGGUGGCCGUGCUGUACCUGUUGCCUCGACUCCGCUUAAGAUGAAAUAGGUAAUAUAAAAAAUCGGAAAAGGUAUCGGUCAAUCCGAGAAGUAAUAAUAAACGGAUUUGUGUUAUUAGUGUGCAUGUAAACACGAUGUCGAGCAAUUUUUAUAUUAAUAAUUUAAUGUAUAUCAAAUGACUUUUACUUAUUGCUGUGUACACGUACGUGGAGACUUUUAAAUAAAUCAAUUAAUUUAGUGAUUU